CCGUUUGGGACUUGCCAUAGGUUCACUCUCGACUCGACUGGCCAAUGCUUUGCUUCGUCAGUUUGGUUUUCACUUGUAACAGCCCGACCUGAACUUUCUCUAUCUGGACUCUGUCACCGUCACUCCAUACACUCUCCUGCCAUCCACUUUGAUACCACUACUAUCUACCCGGUCGCGCAAAGACGGCCGCGGCAACAAUCCUGAAAUCGCAAAGCUCGAACGAUACGUUCCUGCGAGCAUAUACCUUCCGAACAACGGAACCGACUAUGACGGCAGCGGUCACCGUGGAACUUGGCAAAGAUACCAGUAGUAGCUUCCGUCCUAGAUCAAUCUACCGAGAUUUGUCUCCAAGCUCUCUUCUUUCUUCGGUCUGAUCCGCAUCAUUGCCGUGUCCGACGCGAGUGCCUCAGCUUACGUACAGUGUUACAACAACGGAAGCCUCGAUGGAGUCCUCAUCAGAAAUCCCAAAAUCGCCCUCGCCUGGCACCUUCCCGGUCUCUGACGCUGCCUUGUCCGGUGCCUCGCUCCCGUCUCCUCCAGAACGCCCCAGCUCUCAAGGUGGCAUCUCGUUGUCCAAAACAGCCAGCAAUGUUUCCUCGCAUUCGCACCGCCAGAGCUUCGCUGAGAACCAACGUCAUCCGCCUCCCUCGCCGCGUACACAGAGACACCCCUCGUUCACACAGCAAGCAAUUCAAGACCUGAUGAACCACCCACCGCCAAACCGCCAUCAAAACCCUCGCUAUGUCGGCCGCGAUUGGCGGGACAUUGCCAUUGGCGAGUUAUUGCAACCGGAUGAGGUUAAAUGGGCGGAACUGGACACUAGCAUCCAAGAGGCUACCAAGACCCUCUUUCAAAGUAGUCCGAACAAUGUCGUUGUUGUCCGCCAGGACUCGUCCUCCAAGGAAGCCAUUUCUACCUUCGACCACAGCGAUCUCAACGACUACCUUUUGGUCGUGGUAGGCCUUGCAAAGCCCCAAGAAGAACAGGUCGCUCUCUACAGAGACAUCUCCGUCAAAGCCCAGUCUCAGGCAGAGAUUCCGUUGCGCGACCUCCAACCCAUCUUCCGACAUGAGGAAUUGGUGAAGCUCCCGGCCGAUUCCACCCUCGACAAGGCCAUUGAGGUAUUCGGAGGUGGCAUUCACCGCCUUCUGGUUACCAAUAAGGACUCGGAAGUGGUGGGUAUUUUGAGUCAAUUGCGCUUACUCGAGUUCUUCUGGAACGAGGCCGUCAACUUCCCUGAGAUAGAUCGUCUCUACACGAUCGCACUGCGUGAUCUUCAGAUUGGGACGCAGCAAAUCAUUGCCAUCAACGCCGAUGCUCCUCUUGCGGAUGCCCUCUUUCUCAUGAGCUCCGAGGGCCUGACAUCCGUCGCUGUUGUUGAUAAUGGCCACAACGUUGUGGGAAACAUAUCCACCGUUGACGUGCGCCACCUAACCAACGCCAACAGUCUGCCCUUGCUCAAGGCUUCGUGCAUGCAUUUCAUCAGUGUUAUCCUCUCCGAGCGCGGUGUCGAGCAUGGCCGUGACUCCUUCCCGGUUUUCUACGUCAAUCCGUAUUCUACUCUCGCUCACACGGUCGCAAAGCUGGUCGCGACGCAGUCUCAUCGUAUGUGGGUGGUCGAGUCCGCUUCGCCGUCGCCUAGCGCCCCGGCUACGCCUUUACUGCAGGCAUCCAGCUUGCCUCCCCUCUCAACAUUAUCACCUCCGGUUGCUUCCCCCGGAAGAACGGGCAGUCCUGCCUCUGGAUCAGCAACGGUUGUUGUUCCUCCACCAGGUGCCAUCACGACGUCGACACCCCAGUCGCCGUCAACGCAAGGACCAUUUACAUCGGUUCCAGCUUCAGCGCUGCCAGGUGCUGGACUGUCAGGGCGGUUGACAGGUGUGGUAUCGUUGACGGAUAUCCUGAACCUGUUUGCAAAGUCAAGUGGCCUGAGACCGUUGGACCCUAGUGAGCAACGGGCCAGGAGAAGACGGAGCUCGAGCUCUUCAAUCCGGCCCACGCUGGAUAUCGGGAGAGAUAAUGGAAGAGGGAGCGUUGAUUCCCGAAGGUGAUGUCCGGUGCAAAGAGACAAGAAAAGGUAUGCAAUUCGAACAGGCUAACGUAGAGUUGACGAAUAUUUUUCGAUAACCGGAGGGGGCGGACUAUUCAAGACAGCCUUGAUAUGCACGAGACAGAAUGAUGGAUGGAAACAGAAGGGGUAUAUGAAACAGUAGCUGCUCAGUCAUGUUAUCAUUACCUUCCCUGUGUUUAUCUAGUAAAGACUUCGUCGUGGGUGGUUAGCAACAUUGAGACGGUUGCUGUCUUAUUUCUUUACACGGGGUUCCAUAUAUGAACUUGGCCUCUCAAAGCUGUAAACGAAAUCGAUAUACAAAAUCUCUUACGACCAUCAAUUAGUGCAAUGAACAAAUGGGGAAUGCACGCACACACCACAAGUUCCAACUCUAGAAAUAGGUUUAACGUCUGCAAACUCUACGUUAUUCAUUCAGUGGUCUGCCACCCUUUCCCUCGUAGUGGUGAAGAGUGUGU